GGAUGUGUUUUGGCGUUCCUCUGUUGGAGCAGUCUGUGGCGUGCCCAGAACCCAUGGUCUACUACUCUCCUCUCUGUAUCUGCAUGCAACCCGAGCACAAGGACCGUCUCCACGAGAUCAGCUCUAUCCGCAAGGUGCCCAUGCUAGAGCGGAGUUAUCUGCGCUCACCCCAGGCCUACCGGGACAAACUGUUCGCUCUCCGCUACCGCCUGUCCGCCAGCCUGCCCGACAUGGCUGGGUACGGCUACGGCAGCUCAGCAGACGGCGUGAGACCCCCACUGCUGCUCUUCCCGGACCGCCUCAUGAUGCCGUCUGCAGCCCUCGCGCCUUCCACUUCAAACCACGUGCCGCGGUCGUGGCAGAUCGGAGGGCUGCAAGAAGCCUGGUCACGUGACGCCUUUGCUAGCGGCGGCAUUCCCAGCAUCAUGUCCGCCGUCAAGGCACCGUCCGAGCCGUGGAGCGCGGGAAACCCCAACGACCUGAACACUCUGUCGCUGAUGGAACGUCUCCAGAUGCUCCGGAACAUGUGGCGAGACCGCGUCAUCGCCCAGGCUGAGUCUAGACUCGCAACUCCCAGUCUCGCGUCCGAUUUCUACAACCGCUUACCUAGUACGGGGAUCUCGCCUGAUACUUCUAGGUCCUUCUUACAGCUCGCAGCUGGAAUUCCCGACAUGCCUCACAGUGGCAGCUCGAUAAAGCAGAAGCAGACAACAGAUGCCAAGUCGAAGAAGUCGUCGUUGUUAUCUUUGAAAAGAGCUGCUUUGACAGCCCAAGGACUUGAACACACUCUGCCCAAAGACACCCCGAGAAGGACCAACUCUUUUCUCCGCAGCACCAGGAGGCUAAAGGCAGCUACAGGACCCUGAUAGACACGACUUGGGACAGAAUUACAGAUCUAUUCAAAUGACUGCAUACAAAUAUUGAAUAUAUAUUAUGUAUACAUGUUCCUUAACAUUUCACGCAAAUAUAGAUCAGAUACGUAUGUAGAUAGUUAAUUUGAGUAAAGAGAAGUGAAUCAGCACAUCAACAGUCAUUUACUAGAGCAGGGAAAAAGCAAGAGGCAGAAGCAACAGGACAAUGACCUAUGAGUGGCGUCUUACAACUACUGGCGUGGGUAGUCUCAACAGCUCAAUAACUAAUAUCGUGAUCUCGAUAGAUUGAGAGAGAGUUUUAAGUCUCGUUAUUCAUUUCACAAAUUCAUAAAAUCACUGACUGAUGGUAAAGUGAGGCUGAAGUUUAUGGUUUGUCCUGUAAUAUGUGCGAAAUUUCGAGUCUUAUCUCCAAAUACACGUUGGUAUCUAUCUCUCCGGAGUGAGCCUCUGCAUGAGGUAGAAGCAGUUCUACUUAUUAUCAUUUUUACAAUUAUAAGUUGGUCACUUGAUUACAAAUUAUGCAACUAUGCAGUUUCAGUCAUCUGCUCUGGUCAGAAAUGAGAGCGGCUUUUUACACGCCUUAAUGACCUCUAGAUUUCUGCCACAAUGUCUUUACUAUUACCAUGUUAACCGUCAUGCCAUAACUCUGUAAAUUUAGUGAUUGGAGAUGACAGUACAGUGUAAUUUGGACACUUUCA